AAUAAAAAAGAAAAGUAAUAAUAAAAAUAUUAAAAUUUCGCUUCCAGUAGCCUCGCGCUAAAUCUAGCGGAGGUUGUAAAACAACCUUAUCAGGACAUUUUCUUUGCACAUUAGUAGAUGCAGCAAGCUCUAGUAGCAGCAAUGGCGGCGCAGGCAAUUAUGGCUGCAACCCCCGCGGCACUAAAUGUGAACAGCGCUUCUCAUAUUCCUCAAUUUCAUGUUGCCAUUAAUGGGUUUCCGGUUCGAAUUGCGAAAAAACCGUUGUUUGCUUUUGCUCCGCCGCCUGCCAGGGCGCUCACUGUAGUUGCCGCGACCAAGAAGGCCGUUGCCGUGCUCAAGGGCAACAGUCAGGUUGAGGGCGUUGUGAAUCUCGUGCAGGAAGAUGGCGGUCCCACAACAGUGAAGGUCCGUGUGACAGGAUUGGCUCCUGGAAAACAUGGUUUUCAUCUGCACGAGUAUGGUGACACUACCAACGGGUGCAUGUCAACAGGUGCACAUUUCAAUCCAAAUGGUUUGACACAUGGUGCUCCUGAGGAUAGUGUACGACAUGCGGGUGACCUGGGAAACAUAAUUGCUGGUUCAGAUGGAAUCGCUGAGGCAACAAUUGUUGACACACAGAUUCCAUUGGAUGGACCUAAUGCGGUCAUUGGUAGGGCACUUGUUGUACACGAGAUUGAGGAUGACCUGGGCAAAGGUGGGCAUGAGCUUAGUCUGACUACUGGAAAUGCUGGAGGCAGGCUAGCUUGCGGUGUAGUCGGACUCACACCAAUUUGAGGCUUGAAUAAAUUCUGCGUAAACCUUGUAGGAUAUGUGCAUUGGAGAACAUUGAUGUUAUCUAUUUUUUAACUAAAAUCUGUUCAAGUUACUCAGAGAAUUGUAAACUUAUUAUUAAAAGGGAUAUUGUGUUCAACUGUUGUCUAUAUUUAGCUAGUUAGAUCUUUCUGAUGGUCAAUGGUUGGCAAAAUAUCCUAUUCUAGAGGAGUUCAAUUCUAAACCUCUAGUAAUAGUUUUGUGUUGUGAAUAUUAGUAUAAUGGUAUUUCUUCCUUCAUAAAAUACCUCUCCUGCUAUCACAGAUUAAAUGUCCUUGCUGAUAAUCUGCAACAAUCUGAAAAGAGUUGGCUGAA